AUGGAAAAUACCACACUUGUCUCUCUUUAUAAUGUCGAACAAAAAGAUAAUAAUAAUGAAAAUGAUCAAACGUCAAUUAAAAUAGAUAGAAGUUCAUCUUCUUCAAGUGAAGAAAGUUUUCAAGGUUUUAGUUUUAGUACAAUACUUCUUCCACAUCAUUCAAAUGAAAAAGAAGAAGGGUUUGUUGAUAUUGAUGGAUAUAUAACUCCAUUUGAGAAUGAAAUAAAUAUUUUUAAACAAAUACUGUAUUGUGUAUUUCCAUGUUUAAUACCACCAUUUAUUUCUAAUAGAAGAAUAGAAAAAUAUAUAAGAGCAACAAUGUCUAUAUCUUUUAUUUUCACAUUAUUAUUGAUUGGAGUAUUUAUUGGAGAAUUAUGUGUAUGUGGAGUUGCAUCGUUCUCAAUAAAUCCAGGGAUAGGUCCAAGUGCAGAUAAAAUAAUAGAUUUUGGAGCAAAAUAUUCAUAUAAUAUAACUCAAAAUUAUCAAAUAUAUCGACUUUUUACAUCAUUAUUUCUUAGUCCAUCAUUAUUUGGGUUAAUAGUUGAAAUUAUAUUUGCACUAAGAUUUUUCUUAUAUUUUGAGCAUAGAUGGGGAAUAAUAUUAUUCUUUGUUACGUAUAUUAUUAGUGGAGAGGCAGGGGUGUUAUUAAGUUGUGUAUUAAGUUGUAAUAAUAUUGCAGUAUGUUCUAUGGGACCAUUUGCUGGAUUAAUAUCAGUAUUUCUUGUUGACUUAGCGUUAACAAACCAAAGUUAUAAAGUACAAUUUAAAAGAGCAGUUUUUACAUCAUUAAUAGGUCUUUUAGUAAUAGUAUUUGCACAAUUAUUUCCAUUACAAGAUUUUACAUGUUUAUUAGGAAGUGUUAUUGUUGGGUUAGUUCUUGGAGUGUUAUAUUUUGUUAAUUUAAAUCCAUGGUUUUCUCAACAACCAUUAUUACUACAGACAAUUGUUUAUGUUUCAUUGGUGACAUUUCUUUUAACAUAUUUUAUUGUUUUUUGUUUAUUAUUAUUCAUAUGGAUUCAACCUUUACAAAUUACUAUAUCAGCUCAAACAAAUUGA